AUGAGAUCUUUUUCUCCAGGAUACUACCAGCCGGCAGGUCCAUUGAUCAAAGAGAGCAGCGCAGAUGCAGAGCGGGCGCUGACUCGGUACCACCCCACUCCUCACUACCACGCGCCACACCCUCCUGUUCUCCAACAGUAUGGUCCGUAUUACCCGACCGAUCUCUGCUAUGGGCGGUAUUACCGGCCGCCUGGACCUUACCACAUGCCGCCCCCACAGCCCGACUCGCCGAUGGUUGGUGUUAGUGAGCCCUAUCCACCGCAGUAUUACAGCUCACCGCCAUGUUACCAACAUUCACCUCAAAGGAUACCAUAUGUUGAGUAUCGAGGAUGCCCGUGCCCACUUAACGCGUGUCCAAAAAACGUCCUUAUUGGGCCCGCUACUGGUAAAGCCCCGACCGGUGGCGGCCCAGAUGUCCCCUCAACACUUGCGCCACCCGGGGCCGCCUUCCGACCGAAGGUGCGGGCGGGCGCGCUUGACCCUGCAGACAAACAUAGCAGCGGAAAGGACCCGCCCUUAGAGCCGGAGCCCCCGGAGCCUCCGACAGCAGCAGACGCGCCCCACCCGUGUCCGCUACCGGCCAUGGGUGGGGCUUCGCCCAAAAGAGAGCUUUACGACGUACGAGAUGGCCUACGGAUUAAUGGAGAUUUACCAGGCCCGGAAGCACUUGGCCCACCGUCACCAGCGCGAGGAUCCGCCGGCAUAUGCGCUCCGCAACCGCCCCCUAUUGCGCCUAGAAGAGCUCGACUAGGAAAAGAAAUGGCCAGGCGAUCUCUAGCUGGAGACGACACCACUAUACUUCUUACGCCACAGCCUUCAUCUCAUCAGGAAAUGGAUGACGACGUUCUCGCCAUAUCGCCACCUAUAUCGGCACCUAUAGACCUCUCAUCAUCUGACGAAAGAUCCACCCCUCUCGUUGACGUUAAAAAAGAAAACGAAGGCCCCACCUAUGCACCCUGCAGAAAACCCGAUGCGCAAGCUCUCAGAGAACACAACUCUACCAUGGCACUAUCGGAAUCUGCAGGCACGGAUUCGGCUAAACCAUCUAAAAGAAGGCAUUCUAAAUCCAAACUUGAAAUCGAGAUGAAAGACGUGCAAUUAGAAGACGUUUGUAAAACAAAUGGAAUAGGAGAGCACGUUAAGUUGCAAAAGCGACGCAAAGUUUCGGGCGAUCAAAGUGAACCUAUUCGAAUAGAAACGGUAACAAAAGAACCAAAAAAGAGAUUAAGUCAACAUAAAAAGACACCUAAAACUCCAACAGAGAAGAAAGGCAAUAAAAGAAAAUCUGAUUCCGUUUGCAAUGAACCUAAAGCUAAGAAAAUGCUUCUGGACCCUGCUUCGACUAAUGACCAAAGACUCCAAAAUGUUGCUGAACCUAAAAAUAAGUCCAUAGAAGAUAAUUUGUGUCCUACACAAAAAACAAAAAGUGCUGAGGUUUUAGAUAAUCUGAUUAAGAAAAAUAGUGUAGAGGGAUACAACUCUGAAAAUGACAUUAAUCCUGCUGCGUUAUUUUUGCCUACUAAUCAAAAUAUAGCUCAAAGUACAAAGAAAACUUUAAAUAUAAACAACAAUGUUGUUGAAAAUAACACAACUAUUAGUGGGGUGACUCCGGAAACUAUAGCAGCGGUGAGCCAACUAAUUGAGAAAAAGUUAGCCAGUAAAAACUCUUACAAACUAGAAAAUAUAGAUUCAAAAAUAACGCAUAAUAUGCAAUCAGUAUUAAACAAUAAUGCCUCAACCGACGUCCUUCUAAACUUCAAAGAAGAUAAGAAGAACCGAGUGCUUGCAAACGUUGAAAAAUGUGGGGAUAAAAGUGUUAGUGUAAAAGACAUUUGCGGACUUUCGAAAGUAAAAACUGAGAGUGUAACAGCCAAUCAAAUUAAAUGUGAAAAUUAUACCAAAACACUGAAAGCGUUAAAAUCGCAAAAGUGUAAAUUCGUUACCCAAAACCCAGAAACCGAACUGGACAAGUUUAUAUGUGAUAGCAGUUGUGAAUCUCAAAGUGUAAAGAAGGAAGGUCUGGAACUAAUAACCGACAUUUCCUUAAUCGACGGCGGUGAAGAUAAAUCGGAUGAAAUUUCGUCCUCCAUCGAUAGUGAUCUCAAACGGAAAGCUGUGGAGAAUGUAGUGAAACUAUUAGUGUCGAAACGUCAAGCCCAAAUAGAGGAAGCUGAGAAAGAGGACAAAGACAUAGAUGAGGAAAAGGUGAAACGGUGUAAAUUCGGGAACGGUGAGAAGAAGAGUGUGGAAAAGGUUGCCAAGUUAUUAGUGUCUAAAAAGACUGUUAUUAAAACGGACGAGGCUGCUCUAGUGAUCGAAGAUGCCUGUUCUUCACCCGUGCCGGGGCUGAAGAGACGCGCUAGGCGAAGGCGCAGUGUGGGCCGGAGGGUUAGGAGGGUUGCCCCCCCUCUCGACCCUCCAGAUUUCAAACCCCGGCCGCCCCCAAGGUGGAGCAAUGGAUGGAAUUGGGACGGAGAAUACUUUUUCUCGAAAGUCUACCUCAAUAAUGACUCGCGCCUAGACCGCACAGCGCGUUGUUGGUCACGUAUGACCCACGCCAGUGGAGACCGCGUGGCGCGAGGUGACUGUGUCUUGCUGCGAGCUUCGCAGGCUCGCGCCCAACCCUUUGUCGCCAGAGUCGCUAGUCUGUGGGAAAACCCUGAUGACGGAGAAAUGAUGGUAUCUCUUGUGUGGUACUAUCGACCCGAACACACAGACCGCGGCCGAUUGCCCGCUGACGCCCCGGACGAAGUGUUCGCCUCCCGACACAGGGACGCCAACUCCGUCGCCUGUAUUGAAGACAAAUGCUAUGUACUCACCUUUAACGAGUACUGCCGCUAUAGAAAACGGCUAAAAGCGGCUGAGGAGGGUAUAAGAAUCACUCCCUCUAUCGUGCCGCCCUUCCCAGCCAGUGAGGUGACGCCUGCCAUAGCCCCCACGGACACCAAACUCCCUCCUUCCGUAUCCCCCGAGCUGGUACUCUUCUGUCGGAAGGUAUACGAUUUCAGAACCAAGAAAAUACACGUCCCUAAUAAAUGA